AUAUUUAAAAGCUUAGAGCACAUGUAAACACUUUUUCUCUGUCUUCAUUGGAUCUUCCACUCACUCUUUUUUGUACCAAGGCAACAACUACAAACAGAAGGAAAAUGGGAAAUACAACAAAGUCUGAAUUUGAUUUUACACUGAGUGAACGCAAAGCAUUUGAUGAAACAAAAGCUGGUGUUAAAGGGCUUGUUGAUGGAGGUGUUAACAAGAUCCCUACCUUAUUCCAUCAUCAACCUGACAAAUUUGAGAAGGCUUCAAAUUCAUGUAACACAUGCCAUGUUAUUCCAGUCAUAGAUCUUGCAAAUAUUGGCAAUGAUUCAAGUAAGCAUCAAGGGCUUGUUGACAUAGUAAAGGAAGCAUGUGAAACAUGGGGUUUCUUUCAAGUGGUGAAUCAUGGCAUCCCUAUGAGUGUUCUUGAGGAGAUGAAAAAUGGGGUGAAAAGGUUUCAUGAGUUGGAUACUGAAGCCAAAAAAGAAUUCUAUACAAGAGAUAGAUUAAGAUCCUUUGCAUACAAUAGCAAUUUUGAUUUGUAUAGCUCACCAGCACUUAAUUGGAGAGAUACUUUUAAGUGCUACAUGUAUCCUGAUAGCCCCAACCCAGAAGAACUUCCUGUAGUGUGCAGAGAUAUACUGCUGGAAUAUGGGAAACAUAUAAUGAAAUUAGGAACUUUACUGUUUGAGUUAUUAUCAGAAGCUUUAGGUUUGAAUCCAAACCAUCUAAAAGAUAUGGGUUGUGCUGAGGGGCUUCUUACUCUUGGCCAUUAUUAUCCUGCAUGUCCUGAACCACAAUUGACUAUGGGAACCCCUAAGCAUUCAGACAAUGAUUUCCUCACAGUGCUUCUUCAAGACCAUAUUGGUGGCCUCCAAGUUCUUUGUCAAAACAAGUGGAUUGAUAUACCUCCUGUUCCGGGUGCUUUGGUAGUUAAUAUCGGUGAUCUUCUGCAGCUUAUAACAAAUGAUAGAUAUAAGAGUAGUCAACACAAAGUGCUUGCAAAUAAAGUUGGUCCCAGAAUAUCUGUUGCAUGCUUUUUCAGCACAAGUGCAAGGGGAACCAAGCUUUAUGGACCUAUAAAGGAACUGUUAUCAGAAGACAAUCCUCCCAAAUACAGGGAAACUACAGUUGCUGACUUUGAUAAUUUCUUUGUAUCAAAAGGACUCGAUGGUACUAGUGCUCUUACACAUUACAGGAUCUAAACAAGGAAAUAUUGUAGAAGAAAAAUGUUCAUAAAUAAUUGGAAUACUCUCAUGGGUACAAGACAUGAGAGUGAGACAGUGUUUGAAAUAUUAUGACUAAGCCCAAAUCCAGAACCUACUCUUUUU